AUGCUCGGCAAAUCUCUCCUCUUCCUCGCCUCGGCCGCUCUGGCCCUCGGCUCACCCGUCGAAAGGACCAUCUCCUGCCGAGCUCCCAUGCCCGACCCUUCUCUACCCUUGACCGGCGGUGCCGCCGAACUGCCUCCUCCCCCCGCCGGCCUCGAGCUCAAAGUCAUCGCCCUCGGCCUCGGCAUCCAAAACUACUCGUGCGCCUCCGUCGGCGCCGACGCCGUCUCGACCGGCGCCCUCGCCAUGUUCUACGACAUCAGCCUGCUCUACCCCGAGUCCGGCCCCAAGUCGCUCACCAUCGAAAAGUUCAACCAGCUCCCGGCCUUUGCCCUCAACCACCACGCCAUCCCCCUCCACUUCAACGACUCCACCGUCGGCCGCGUCGACGUCUCUUCCCCGGGAGCUUCCCUCAAGCGGCCCUUCACCCGCGCCGCCGCCCUCGACCUCGGCGAAGAGUACGGCAAGCUGCCCUUCCUCGGCCACCACUUCUUCAACACCGACGGCGCCCCGACCUUCAUCCUGCGCCGCGGCAGCUUCAACGUCGUCGCCGCCAAGAAGGCCUCCGUCCCGGCUCCCGGCAGCGCCGACCCGGGCCCCAUGGGCACCGGCUCCGUCGCCUGGCUCGCUCUCGACGCCGCCAACUCAAAGGGCGCGACGUUCGUCUACCGCGUCGAGACUGCCGGCGGAAACUCUCACGGCUGCUCCAGGGCUGCUGGCCAGGACAGCACGAGCUACGCUGCUCAGUACUGGUUCUACGGUCCCAAGUCCUAA